CAGUCCUGCAAGUAUCAAAGGAUUAUCAGCUCCAAAUGAGGGUAAUGGACAGAGCAUUCUUGAAGUUGCUUGACAGUAUCGUCUUCUUCGUCCGCAUCCAUUUGGUGGAGCGAUGGCCCUGAAGGAGUCUGAUUUGGCUUCGGCUCUUGAGCCAUCUUCUCCAAUUUAACCAAUUCUGAGCUGCUCUAUUGGGCGAAGACUUAAAAGCUGGAGUCUUCUUGUUUUCAAGAAUUCAACCCUAAGAGCUACUCCGUAAGAAAGUUGGGCACAGGGAUGUCCUGAUUUAUAAUUACUCCGUCUUUUUUCCUAAUAAUAAUGAUCUGUAAAGAAAUGUAACGACGUCGUAGCUCAAAUGCUUUCUAAUUGGUAAUUGACACGUACCACCACAAAGCCGCCGUUCCAGUACCAAUUCAAGUGAGGUUUCAGCCCUACACGGUGGUGCAGCGGCUGCAGACACCACUCAGUUGUAUUGUAUACGCAGUUAGGUUAAACGCAAGAGAAAGAUGGAAACUGAGACGAAGGUAAUAGAGAGCUAUGUCGUGGUGCACAACAUAGCGAAGAGGCACAACGUGGGGACACUUGCUCGUAGCGCCACCGCCUUCGGCGUUUCUGAACUGAUAUUAGUCGGCCGGAGGGAUUUCAACUCCUUCGGUGGGCACGGAUCCACCUCUCACCUUCGAUUCCGCCACUUCCACUCUCUCUCGGAUGCCAAAAGCUUUCUCAAGGAGAGAGGUUGUGAUAUAUGUGGAGUGGAAAUUACGGACAGUGCAAGGGCUGUCAAUCAGCACCCUUUCAAAAGGAGCACCGCUUUCCUCCUUGGCAAUGAGGGAACAGGGCUUUCCGAAAAGGAAUGUGAAAUCUGUGAUUUCUUUGUAUACAUUCCGCAGUAUGGGUGUGGAACUGCAUCUCUUAAUGUCACUGUGGCUGCUUCUAUUGUUCUCCAUCACUUUGGAGCUUGGGCUGGAUUCCCUGAAAGUUCGCGUGAAGGAAACAAGUAUGUUGUUGCUGAAAGACCUGCGAAACAGGGUAAGAGAAACUAUUGCAUGGAAAGUGCAGAAUCUCUUGCUGAAGAGAGAAAAAUUAAGAGGGAAAACGCCUCUAGUGGAUUCUUUGAUGAGUUCGGCAAAGAAGAUUCCCAUUCCAAUUUGCUACAUACAAUGUUUGCUGAUUAGUGGGAGGGAGAACCUGGACUUAAAUCUCAACUUAACCACAUCUACCCUUCAUCUUAUUUGGAAAACCUAGAUAUUUCGAGCUCAAGGAAGUUUAGCUAAGCCUGGAUAGUCAAAAGUGAUGCUGCUGAGCUGUGUUUGUUGUCAUCUAGGUAAUGCUUAGAUGCUAGAUGGUUGUUUUAUUUACCUUUUUUAUCAUAAUUUGCUGCAGAGAUUUUGUUGUGACUUGAUAUAUUUGUCCUCCCGCACGGCCGUACCCCAUAAUGGGAAGUAAACUGUAAACACAUACACCAAACUACAUAUGAAAUAUGAAUGGUUGGGUAAAACAUUUAGGUGUUCUUUGAUUCGUUAACACCAUAGUAUCACUUAUGUUGGGCUAAAUGCAGUGCAAAUCCG